CCCAACUCGCAUCCGGCCUCCGCCGGGCCUGGUUCCGGCGUGCGCCCUGGAAUUCAUCCUUUUGCCGUUGUUGCCGCCGCGAUGUUGUUAGUUUCUCUAGUCCGGGCUCGUUGCUUCACCCGGGUGUUCGGCCGUUCGCUCUGUGCCGUUCAGCAGGGAAACUGUCCACAGGCAAAGCGUUGGCUCUCUGGGAUUUCUCGAUGCCAGGCUCUGGUGUAUGCUAACAGCAGGAAGCAUUUGCUAAAUGGUUCUCGUGUCUUCACUAUCCGUUAUUUCAGAACUUCAAAAGUAUGCAGGGAGGAAGUUGUCACAGUGAACACACCAGCAUUUGCAGAAUCUGUCACAGAGGGAGAUGUCAGGUGGGAAAAAGCUGUUGGGGAUACUGUAGUAGAAGAUGAAGUGGUAUGUGAGAUUGAAACCGACAAGACAUCUGUGCAGGUUCCUGCUCCAGCCGCUGGUGUAAUUGAAGUUCUACUUGUCCCUGAUGGAGGGAAAGUAGAAGGAGGAACACCUUUAUUUAAACUCAGGAAAACUGGAGCUGCACCUGCCAAAGCCAAGCCAGCAACAGCCCCUGCAGCAGAGCCCGUGGCUCCUGCAGCACCACCAUCUCCAGCUCCUGUAGCACCUCCCUCUGAAGCACCAAUUCCCACUACAAUGCCUCCAGUGCCCCCAGUGUCAGCACUCCCUGUUGAUGCUAAACCAGUGUCUGCAAUAAAGCCAACUGCAGUGCCAACAGCUUCUCCUGCUGUGGAACCUGGGACUGGCAAAGGUGCCAGAUUGGAACAAAGGGUAAAGAUGAACAGAAUGCGUCAACGCAUUGCUCAGCGGCUGAAAGAGGCUCAGAAUACAUGUGCCAUGCUGACCACUUUCAAUGAAAUUGACAUGAGUAACAUCCAGGAAAUGAGAGCCCGGCACAGGGACAGCUUCCUGAAGAAGCACAAUAUGAAAUUAGGUUUUAUGUCUGCCUUUGUGAAAGCUGCAGCCUUUGCUUUGCAAGAGCAGCCUGUUGUGAAUGCAGUGAUUGAUGAUACAACCAAAGAAAUGGUAUACAGAGAAUAUGUGGAUAUCAGUGUUGCAGUGGCAACUCCUAGGGGUCUAGUGGUCCCAGUCAUCAGAAAUGUAGAAACGAUGAAUUUUGCUGACAUUGAACGUGCAAUAAAUGAGCUGGGAGAGAAGGCUCGCAAGAAUGAGCUGGCCAUUGAGGAUAUGGAUGGUGGUACAUUCACCAUCAGCAACGGUGGAGUAUUUGGAUCUCUUUUUGGAACACCCAUCAUCAACCCUCCUCAGUCUGCCAUCUUGGGCAUGCAUGGCAUCUUUGACAGGCCUGUUGCUAUCGGAGGCAAGGUUGAGGUGCGACCAAUGAUGUUUGUGGCACUGACGUAUGAUCAUCGGUUGAUUGAUGGAAGGGAGGCAGUGACUUUCCUGCGCAAGAUCAAGGCUGUGGUAGAAGAUCCUCGAGUUCUGCUGCUUGACCUAUAAAGGGUCACAGCACAUCCUGUCUCACCCCAUCCAGUAGAGCAAGGAUACAGCACCAGCAGAUAAAACAGAGGACAUUGGGGAAUCAGCAGGGCUUCAUUCCAGUCUUUUCUUCCCUAGUUGCAAGAGGUGUUUUAAAAGGAAAUUUGAGAGAUACGCUGUCUUCAGAAGAAUUCAUUUUAUUCCCAGAAUAAAUCAAAGGCUGUCUUGGUCUAUUCACAUAUAACCUAUCCUUCCUGCCUUCCCUCAUCCAAUCCAAUUAGGUCUCACCUUGUCUCUUUCCUGAGGUUAUUGCAGGAGGAGAAACUACUUGCUUCUUAGCUAGAGUUUCCCUCCCAACCUGGUUUUGCACAAAAUUUCAGGUUUAAUUCAUUCUCUGGGGCAAGAUGCCAGGAAAGAGAUAAAUUGCUGCUGGGUCUCUGUUUAACAUAAUGACUUACAUUUUGCAAAGUUAACAGGGGAAGAGGAAUUAUUGUCUACCAUGAUCCUUUACACUGUGCCUGGUCUUACCACCUCCAUAAUAAAAAGCAGAUAUUUACUGUACCUCGUCCCACCCAAUUUUUAUGUUUUUUUUUGUUUUUGUUUUUUUGCUUUUACUGGCACUUAUGAUAGUAAGACCCUAACCCAACAAACUUUUUUAUAGCCUGUAUUAGCAUCAGGCAAUUUAAGAAUGACUUUCAAUAAUUUUUCUCUGCCAUAGUUCUUUAAGAUCAGGAAGAGCAUAUAACUCAGAUUGGAAAAAGAUAAAAGAGUUACUUUUAAAACUUGAAUAAGGCAGAAUUGGUGUUCCUUCUUGCUGUUGGGACCAGUUCAAGCUAUGUAAUCUCCACAACUAUCCUAAAUUCCACCCAAUUCUCCUUGAUUGACUUCUUCAGCUACUUGUCUAUAGUGGUUUGGCCUGAUUGUAUGGUAUUGUGAGUUGGGACUCGAGUGUCUCUGGCAUAUAUCCUGACAUAAGACUGCUGGUUCGUGGGGACAUAUCCUUAGUACAAUAGUGUGCACAUGUAUUGUUGAGUAAGAGGGUUGCUAGUGCCUGCAGGGUUUAUUACUCUUGCCCACUGCACAGAACUUGUAAUUAAAAUAUUUAACAACAGAUUUUAAAACAAAAUAAAACAAAGAAAUUAUGCA